UCCUGCAUUUGUUGUGAUUCGACUGAGGAAACGGUUUGUUGUUUUAAGCAUUUAAAACGUUUAAAUCACUGCCCCCAGACGGACUAUUUAUGUUGUUACAGUUGAUGUAAAACGAAGCGCAUCCACACGCGUUACAGAAAAGACGUGUCUCAUUUCGCUCUUUAUAUCGUGAAUCAGUUUAUAAUAAACAUUAAUUCAGUCACGGAGUGUCGAAGAACACCGAAAGUAAAGCUACUGAGAUCCAUGUGACGUAAAGAUGGCGUCUAUUAAAGAGGAGAGUGAAGACAUUAAGAUUGAAGAUACUGAGGAACAAACAGAACUGAACAGUGACACUGUGAAACAGAGAACUGAACUGUGAGAUGUUACUUUUUUGAAAUCUGAUGCCACUGAAAGACGAGAGUGAAGUACUUGAUGAAAUCAAAAAUCAUGAUAUCGUAACUGAAGAAAUAUCUGAUAAAACUUCCUCACAAAAAAGUAAUUUCACCUGCCAACAGUGUGGAAAGGGUUUCUCUUUAAAGGCAAGCCUGAAACGCCACAUGGAUGCUCACUCUGGAAAAAGGCCUUACGCCUGCCAGCAGUGUGGAAAGUGUUUCAAUAGAAAAGGAACCCUUGAAGACCACAUGAGUAUUCACACUAAAGAAAAGCCUUACACAUGCCCUCAGUGUGGAAACUGUUUCACUCAGCAAGGAAACUUUAACAGGCACAUGAGAGUUCACACUGGAGAGAAGCCUUACGCCUGCAAACUGUGUGAAAAGAGCUUUACAACAAAACUAAACCUUAAGUAUCAUAUAAACAGUCACACUGGUGAGACGCCAUUUACAUGUGAUCAGUGUGAAAGAAGAUUCCGAUAUAAGAUAACCCUUAAAAGGCACAUGAAGAUUCACUUAAGAGAGAGCAGUUUUACAUGUCAUCAGUGUGAAAUGAGUUUCUCAGACAGCAAAAACCUUACGAAUCAUAUGAUUACUCACACUGGAGAGAAACCACACAUGUGCCUUCAAUGUGGAAAGACUUGCUCAAACAAUACAAAUCUUGCUGUUCACAUGAGAGUUCACACUGGAGAGAAGCCUUUCACCUGCCCUCAGUGUGGAAGGAGCUUCAGAUUCAUAGGAAACUUACAGACUCACAUGAGAGUUCACACAGGAGAGAGGCCUUACAUCUGCCCUCAUUGUGGAAACCGCUUCAAAUUUAUUGGGAACUUUCAGGUUCACAUGAGAAUUCACACAGGAGGGAGGCCUUACAAGUGUCUUGAGUGUGACGAGAGUUUCACAUAUAAGAGAGACCUGAAACACCAUCUGCUGACUCACUCUGGAAAGGAUUUCUAGUGUUUCUUCAGUGCCAAGAGAUUUACAAAAUAGAGCAAUUAAAAAAAAAAUCACCUGCCAUUCUGUCUAGAGAAUAGCAAAUUGUGAAAUACAAUUUGGCUCUGCAAUUUAAAUGGAACUAGAAAAUACUAGUAAUGCUGUAAAAUGUCAACAAGUUUCAAAUAUGAAUAGUUGUGAGUAGGGAUGCACAAUAUUGGAUAUUUGCCGUUAUUUUUCAACUACCGUAUUUUCCGGACUAUAAGUCGCACUUUUUUUCAUAGUUUGGCUGGUCCUGCAACUUAUAGUCAGGUGCGACUUAUUUUUCAGAAUUAAUUUGACAUGAACCGAGAGAAAUGAACCAAGAGAAACAUUUCUGUCUACAGCCGCAAGAGGGCGCUCUAUGCUGCCAGAGAUGCUGCUCAGUGUUCCUGUAGUCUGCACUGAAAACAUAGAGCGUAGACGGUAACGUUUUCCCUUGGUUCUUGUUUCUAAAUAAAUAUGACUUAUAGUCCAGUGCGACUUUGUUUUUUUUUUAAUCGUCAAGAAGUAUUUUUGGACUGAUGCGAAUUAUAGUCCGAAAAAUAUGUUAAAUGUAGCCGAUGCCAAUAUAUUUUAAUUUGUUUGUAAACAACACUAAGGCUCUCCUGUGCAUUAUGUACGAAUUAUUCUUUUUGUUGUUGUUUUUAAAAACUCUUAUUAGAAUUAAAAAACCAUGAAGUUAUUUUAUAAUUACAGUACAUUGAGAGAUUAAAAAAUAACUGAAUCAACUAAAUCAAUGGCUGCAUUUGUUUUUUUAGAUGGGAGGCAGUGGUAACCCUAACAUUUUUCUAACAAGAUUUUACAUUUGUACAUGGUCUAAAGCAAAAGAGAGGGAUAAAUUAGAGGUUAGAUUAAAAGGAAUAGUUCACUCCAAAAUGAAAAUGUCAUUUCCUCACCCUCAUGUCAUUCCAAACCUGUAUGAGCUUCCCCAUUGACUUCCAUAAUAAGGAAAAAUACUUUGGAAGUCAAUGGGGAACUAUAACUGUUUGAUUACCAGCAUUCUUCAAAAUAUAUUGUUUUGUUUCCAACAUAAGAAACUUAUACAGGUUUGGAUUGAUUGGUAAUCUGUUUAAAAAAAAAAAAAACAUUACUCAUCAAUGUACAAAUCUGUAUAUAUCAUAAGUGUCAGAUUUGUGAUGUAAUUUAAUUUUAAUCAUGUAAGCUAUAGCUUCUGACCUUAAAAUCAGAACAUACUUGUAAUAAAAAUGCUAGUAACUGAUGUCAAUUGUUACUAAAUUACAAGUAGGCCUGUAGCGCCCCCAAAGUAAAUAAAAGACCUUAGCAGGCAUUAACUACAGACAGGCAAAUUUUGUGUAUGCAUUCUCAAAAUAAUCUAAUCACCAUUCAGCAAAAUGUUCACUUCAAGAAUGUUCACACUGCUGAUAUGAUCUUAUAGCUAGCACACCCUGAGCAUGUGACUUAUUUGUGUUAUCGGCAAGGUAUUUCGUCAUAAUUUUUCAUACCAGGCCGAUGCCGAUAAUUACUUUUUAAGCCAUUAUUGUCAAAGUCCGAUAACAUUCUGAUAAUAUCGUGCAUCCCUAGUUGUGAGAUGGUCUAUAAUUGUGAUUGUAAAGAGGUGUCUUUCAUAUAUUUGAUUCAGUUUAAUAUUUUGGAAUAAAAAUUUUCAAACAAAAACUUUGCUGUGAAAUGGCAAUGUAACCUGAAUUAAAUAAUGAACAUUGUGGUGCGUUAUUUUAGUGAGAGAGUGCAAACAACAGCACAUGUUGUCAGUCUGGACUUUAAUAUGGAUAUUGUUGGGGCUCAUCUGAGGUUUAUUUCAGAAAGCAGGUUUAACUUACCAUCUACUAAACCCUGAACUCUCUGAUUAACCCCAAAUCUUCCAAAUCCCAAAAAAAAACUUCUGUGUUUAAAUUCAUUCAACCCAGAUUAUGUUCCUAGUUAACGCGCAAAACAUUCUCAACAGAGUGAUGAAUCGACAAGAUAUGUAUUUUUAUUGUCGAAAUACAUUAUAGAAAAUGCAGAUAAUCCAUAAUGUGAGAUGAUAAUUUAACAUAAAAAUGUAUAGUAUAAUAAAUAUAUUACUUUAUGUAACACAUACUGGUUUAAAAAAAAAGUAUAGCCUGAAUGCACUGUAAGUCGCUUUGGAUAAAAGUGUCUGCUAAAUGCAUAAAUUAAAUUAAAAAAUUACAUAU